CUUACCAGAAUUAUACCUUGUUUCCUGCACAGGCAUUUGUAAAGGAUGUGCAUGAAGACUCUAUAACAGUUUCAUUUGAAAACAACUGGCAGCCAGAGAGACAAAUACCAUUCCAUGAUGUGAGGUUCCCACCACCUGCAGGCUACAAUAAAGACAUAAAUGAAAGUGAUGAAGUAGAGGUUUAUUCCAGGGCAAAUGAAAAAGAACCCUGCUGUUGGUGGUUGGCUAAAGUGAGAAUGAUAAAGGGUGAGUUCUACGUAAUAGAAUAUGCAGCCUGUGACGCUACAUACAACGAAAUUGUCACAAUUGAGCGUUUGAGAUCUGUGAACCCCAAUAAACCUGCAACAAAAGAUACUUUUCAUAAAAUCAAACUGGCAGUUCCUGAAGAUUUAAGGCAAAUGUGUGCCAAAGAAUCUGCACAUAAGGACUUCAAAAAGGCAGUUGGAGCUUUUUCUGUAACAUAUGAUUCUGAAAACCACCAGCUUAUUAUUUUGUCAAUCAACGAUGUAACAACAAAGAGGGCGAAUAUGCUGAUUGAUAUGCACUUUCGAAGUCUUCGUACCAAGUUAUCCCUGAUACUGAGAAAUGAAGAAGCUAGCAAACAGCUGGAGAGUUCUAGGCAACUUGCAUCCCGAUUCCAUGAACAGUUUGUUGUACGUGAAGACCUCAUGGGUUUGGCCAUUGGCACUCAUGGUGCUAAUAUUCAGCAGGCCAGAAAAGUCCCUGGAGUGACUGCCAUUGAUCUUGAUGAAGAUACUUGCACAUUCCAUAUUUAUGGAGAGGAUCAAGACGCAGUGAAAAAGGCAAGAAGCUACCUUGAAUUUGCUGAAGAUGUCAUACAAGUCCCAAGAAAUUUAGUAGGUAUGUCAAUUCUGGAGGCUAACUCUGUGACA